UAGGCAAGCCGGUUCCAGUCUUAGCGAGACAGACUUCUCAUCACACGCUGCCUGCUCACCCACGGCUAAAAAGGCAGCACAGUCGAGCACGAUGGGCCUCGUUCCAAAGUUCUCCAUGGGCUGCUUCUGCUGCACUCUCAAGACGGGCAGCUUCGUCACCGCCGUCUUCCUAUUGGUGGGCAGCUGCGUCCAGGUCGGCUACUACGCUUUCCUGGUAACACACAUGAAUCCGCAGAAGAUGUGCGUCCGAUAUGAAACCGUAAUAGUAACAGAUCCCCCACCUGUGCGCCGUAGCUAUGACUAUGACUACUAUGACAACGGGAUCUACGACCCACGGCGAGGGAGUUACAGCGACAUACUUCGUAGGUUCUUGGGCUAUGACCCAUAUCCUCCCUUUGAGGAGAGUGGCAAACCAUACGGAAAGGACGCAGCGAAUACCACGGACGGUGGGCCAGCGAACUCUAGCUAUGCAGCCAACACCACAGAUGGCGAGCAGACAAACUCUAGCUACGCAGCCAACAGCACAGAUGGCGAGCAGACAAACUCUAGCUACGCAGCCAACAGCACAGAUGGCGAGCAGACAAACUCUAGCUACGCAGCCAACACCACAGGUGGUGAGCCGACAAACUCUAGCUACGCAGCCAACACCACAGGUAGUGAGCAAACAAACUCAAGCUAUGCAGCCGAAACCACAGACACUAUGCCAACAAACUCAAGCUAUGCAGCCAACACCACAGAUGCUACGCCAACAAACUCAAGCUAUGCAAGCAACACCACAGAUGCUGCGCCAACAAACUCAAGCCGUGCUGGCUCUACAGCGGGCGGCAGCAGGUCGUACCGGCCGCGCAACCCUUGGGGACGUCGCGGCUGGAGGUUUGGAGGUUUCUGGGGAUUCCCGUCUUACCACCGACAACAUCUUGAAACGAGAUCGUACCUGAGGCCCUGUAUUCGGGACUAUAAGCCUUUCGACGCGGAUAACGGCGUUCUGGACUUCGACCUGAGAGGACAGUUUGACAAGUCAAUCCUGUACUUCAACAUCGGCAUAUGGGUUGCCAUGAUGGCUGCCACACCGCUGCUGAUGGCGGGUGUCUACACGGAAUCGGCGGGCAUGGUGACGGCGUGGCUCGUGGCCGAGACUCUGCUCCUUACGGUCGCCGCGGCGAGUACGUUGGCGACAGCGACCUUCAUGUUCCACGUCAUCCCCGUCCAGAUCCCCAUCGUCACGCUGCUCAACAUGGCCAUACACCUCGGCCUUAACAUCUACUACUUGAUGGUGGUGGUCAACUUUCGCCGACAGCUGACAACCAAGGAAGGAGACGAGGAGGACGACGACGACAAGCUGGUUGAACAGGUGGUAGUGUGACAAGGCAGAAGGCAGGGUGCGUUCGGACUGGGUACUUGGGCCUGGUGUGAGGUCCACCUAGAUUUCGUUUUCGUCUCAACAGCUCUCUAAGUGUACGUAGCGUGUGUAGGCAUGCAACGUGGGUGCUGGCCACCGACGAUAUAUCAAUAAAUAAUGUAGCAUUAUAAAUCUGAUAUAAUUAAUUUUCCCUCGAGACGUUUGAGUUUCAUCUUUAUCUACGAUAAUAAUGGAAGCUGAAAAAAUUAAUUUAAAUUUGUGCCGUGGCCAGGUCUCCUUGCUUACUAGGCAGGCAUGCUAUUACAACACGACGAAACUAUAGUUAACGUAACUCUACAGACUAGUUAGGAAGGGCAUUGGGCAAGGGGGUCCAUACAAGUACGUUAGCUAUAGGGCUGUGUUGAUGUAAUGACUAUCGUACCUGCCUAGUACGCAAGGAGGCCCGGCUUCAAGUCCCAGCCAUGAUACAAGUUUUAAUUCAUUUCUUCAGCUUCCGUCAUUAAUGUAAUAUUAGUUCUGCAAUAUCUGCUAACAUAUUUGUAAGUACGAAUUCUUAAAAGAUCACUCUACAGAAUGUCUAACUCCUCAUGAAACUACAUAUAUAAACAAUUUUAAGCUUGAGUGUAUCAGUUUCUUAGUUAUUUAUUACUUUUUACUGUUAACUGAAAUGAAUACAGCAGGUCGGGCCACUUCCAAGAUCUGACUGAAAUUACAUGAGAGCUCGUCGAGUUGAAUUAUCACACUGUUUGCGACUAAGGGAGUUUCACACAGCUUAUAACACAUUUCCAAUGAGAUCGGUAGUAACAGCUCUUGAGAAAGAAGGCGUCGGUACAUCCCAUGUUUCAAUACUGGUGAAUGUAAGCGUUAAUGCUGGAGCUUUAUGAGAAAGAAUCCCAGCAAGGAGAUCACAUAUUAGUUAGGUUGGAGGAAGCCUUCAGAACGUCCAACUACGAAAACGAAGUAGAAAUAAAUACAGCACCAGGUAGCAUAAACUUAUUUAAAGAAGGUAAGGAGAUUAAGUCAUGAAAAUCCGAUGCAUUUUUAAGACAGAACGGAGAUGUGGAAGCACCAUGUAACCUAUCUUCCAGAAUUUUAUCUAUUUCUCUAUGCCAUUAUUUUAUUUUCGUCUAGUUUAGUUACUAAUGUCCUAACAUUAGCGUUGUAAGAAACACUGUAUCUUUAAGGCUUGUGAAAUUACUAAUUACUGAAGAAAAUGUAUUUGAAAUUAAAACUGUUAACAAA